GAAUUGCAACGUUUGACGUUUCCACACUUUCAAACUGUAAAGUCAUGUUGUGGAUUUGAAUACCGGAAUUUUGUAUUUUCUGUACAAUUUGUUUAGCUUUCUACGAAACAUAUUCAUAAAAAAUCCAAGGAACAUGGCAUCGAAAGCGGUUACUGUCCUCACAGUUAAUGGACGUCGACAAAACGUAAAAGUAGAAUCAAACACAACCAUUUUGGAGAUUCUUGAACAGGUGUGUCGAAAGUACAAUUUCAACGCAGCAGAGCAUGACCUGAAGCACCACGAUAAAAUCCUAGAUUUGUCUGUUAUGUUCCGAUUUUCUGGUCUUCCAAACAAUGCCUUUCUUGAGAUGGUACCUGCUAAGAAAAUUCGGGUUGAAACAAAUGUUAUGCUAGCGAUCCAGCUGGAAGAUGGGACCCGUUUGGAGGGGGCAUUUCAACCUUCGACUAGUUUGCUGAGUAUCAUGAAAACGUUAUGCGAAGAUAAGGCUAAUGUACAAUCAAAUCCUGUUCUAAUUUAUAUGAGGCGAGAGGUGUUAUGGGAGUCUAUGGAAAACACAACUCUGAAAAGUCUGGGCUUGACUGGGGGGCGUGCAAUACUUAGACUUCUGCAAAGAAAACCAGAGGAGCUGAAGAUGCAAGCACAUGUAUCCGCUCCGCUGCCACAAAAAGAAAAGCAAGACGAUGAAUCCGAAACUCCGACAGCUACUGAAAUGAAACAUGAAAUUUCUAAAAGCGAAAACAAAGAUGAUCCAUCGAAAAAGGAAAUAUCAACCGAUAGUUCACCAAGCUCGCCUUCAGCAUCUAAAAAAUCUAAACCGACUGUUGACAGUCCAGAAUCAACACCUUCUACUUCUGCGCCUAAAUCUGUCGUAUCGAAACAAAAGGAAAUGGAAAUUCCAAAUUCCGUUGUGGAAGCGACACCUGAAUCCAUAAUUCACAUCCUGGGUGAUAGAGAUGCCAUUGUUUUUCAUCUGGAAACAGCCGAACGAAGCGUUUUCGAUGUACCCGACUCUUUCUACGAAAUAACCAUUCCGGAUGUCCGCAAAAUGUACGUUGAUUUAAAAAAUAAAAUCAAGGAAUAUGAAGACACACCUUUGUUAACUUCGGAACAGCGACAGCUUGUGGACAAUAGACGUGAACGGGAUAAUUUAGCUCGCUAUGAAAAUACCGUCAUAAGGGUGCAGUUUCCUGAUCGCUAUGUUCUUCAGGGGAAAUUUAAAGCGAGCGAAAGGAUAGCCGAUGUGAUUACUUUUGUCCGUAAUUACUUGGAUGAUCAGUCGCUUGAUUUUCAUCUCUACACAACGCCGCCAAAAGAGAUCCUCCCUACCGACAGUGAUCUAGUGCAGGCUAGAUGUAUUCCUCAAGCUUUGCUGCAUUUUGGUUGCACUCAGGAUAAUGUUCCAAAGUUUCUUAAUGUCAACGUUUAUGACCAACUCUCGAACGCUUAUGGAGCUUCUGUGGUGGCUGCUCGAUCCCGAAGUCUACUAAACAUGGAUUCGCCUGCAGUAGCCUCCGAAAUCGAUGGGCUGGACACAAUACCGGAUAGUGAACAACUGCAUGGUGACGAUACAGCCACUGAUGUAAGGAAUAGAAUGCCUAACACGAACUUCCGAUUGUCAUCGGUACAAACUGCUACCUGUAGUACAAAGCUGCCCAAAUGGUUCAAACCGGCGGGAAAGUAGAAUUGUUGCACACUGCAGAAAGUAUAUUGUUCAUGACAACAAAAUGUUUUAUGAUUAUUAUUAUUAUUGGCUGACGAAAUUUUCUUUUUGUCGUAAACUUGG